AUGCUGAACUACAUGCGGUCAGUGGAGAGGACGCUGACCUUUGACACGGCGUCGGUGGUGAUGGAGGGUGGAGAGCUGAAGGACAGGAGGGAGGAGUGGGGCUGGAUGAGUGCAGUCAGGAGAGACGUCGACUCCAGAGGUGGGAUAGGUCCUCAUCACCAGGUCUACAGCACACCUAUGGACUACCAGGUUCACUCCUCUGAGUUUAUGGAGUUCCCGGAGGUGGAGAACCACCACGACUACCACAGCGGAGAGGGUAGGCAGGUGCGCACCCAGGACCAGAGGGGUCUGUUUGUGGUGUACGACGCAGCGCUCAGAGACCUGGAGGAGCUGGAGCACACCCUCCUCCUCAUGGCCUCCCACUACAUCCAGACCAGGAGCCGAGAGCGGUGUAUGGCGGAAGCAUCAGGUCAGUCUAAGGUGGACCUGAACUCUUGGGCUGGGAUAGACGUGGAUCGUCAGGCUGUUUUACUGGACCUGUGGACUUGCGAGACCACAUUUAUAGAGAAAAAGAUGCAGCUGCUUAACUGCUACUUUGAGGCCUACCAACACGUAACAGACUCAGAGGAGAGGCUUGCCAUGGCCCAGGUCAUCACAGACAUCAUCCAUCGCCGGCCUCAGCUGGACCCAGCAGCCCGGUACUGUGUACAGGCCUACGACCAGGAGCUGCUCUGUGUGCAGAUGCACCAGGAGCUCAUCAAACAGGUCCUGGACCAGCAGAUUGAUGAGCAGCGUCGAUACCUCCUGCGGGUGUGGAGGAGGGAGGACAGGAGGGCUACUCUGGGGUUUGGCCUGCCUCCAAACUACACUCCCAAACAGCUGGUCACUCUUUGUGGAGGCAGUCCUGCCUUGAAGAGUGUUUUCCUGCUGGAGGUCCACCCCUCGCUGUGCCUGGCGCGGCAGGUGUACCAGGCCCUGGGGAGGGCCCAUGCUGAGCUCUGCCAACUGCAUGGAGCCAAUGGAGCUCUGGAACACGUGGCCCUGGAACAGAGAGUCCUGAAGCAGGCACUGCACUACUGGCACACCCAGGCUCCACUCGGGGCCUUCUACAGCCCCCAGGUCCAGAAGGAUUUGUUUUCAGAGGUAUUUUUUGAGGACCCUCUGCUGGUGAGGGAUGUGGGUCUGGCUGUUCUGAGGUCAGCAGAAGAGAAGGAGAUUAGGUCUGAGAGGGACAGGCAGCUCCUUGGUGUUGAGACGUUCACAAACCUUCUGGAGCUGGUUACCAUACGCCAUCGUCUGCUGGAGGCUGCUUUAGAGAGUGCACACCUUGCACAGUUAUACAAAUCUUUAGCUCUGGAACUGGGCUUUGAUGACUUCCAUCUGUAUUUGCGACCUGUUCAGUUUGAGUUUGCGGUGCUGAAGGAUGUGGCUGAACAGCGGUCCAUGUUCAUCACAGCUCUACUGGAGGACAACUCCAUUGUGGACAGGUAUGUCCCCUCUAGUCUGCCCCUGGCCAUUCAGGAGCUCGAUGUCAACCAUGUCGGUAGAUUCAGCUUUCACACUCGGGAGGCAGUCAUGCAAGCAACUCUUGUAUGGAUCAGGGAUUGA